AUAAAUACAGAAAUUUCGGUUUCUCAUCUUCAUCUUCAUCGUCGAGAAUCAGAAUCAGUUCAGAACUCAAAUCUUAAUCAAGAAAAUCAAGCGAUCUCUUUCUCUCUCUGAAAACCCUCCGCAUCCAGAGAAGGAGAGAGAAGAACAACGAUGAGGAAAGAAGACACGGUGAAACUGAUCAGCGCUGAAGGGUUUGAAUUUGUCAUCGAUAAGGAAGCUGCCAUGGUUUCUCAGACCAUUCGUAACAUGCUCACCUCUCCAGGUAGCUUUGCGGAAACGGAGCACGGAGAAGUAACUUUCCCGGAAAUAAGCACUGUCAUUCUUGAGAAGAUCUGCCAGUACUUCUACUGGUCUCUCCAAUAUGCUAGGGGUAAAGAGACUGAAUUCCCCAUUGAACCUGAACUUACUCUGGAGCUUAUGAUGGCUGCUAAUUACCUCCAUACUUGAGCCAUAUAGCUUCCUUGCUUCUAGGGUAAAGAUUGAAGGAUUCUUCGGUAUGAGUAUCAGGCUUGAAGUUCACUGCUUCAUGCAUGCUGGUAUUUUUUUAGAAUUAUCUUGAUUGUUGUAACCUAGAACAGCCAAGGACUUGUGUGGCCGAAGGGGUGAAGUCAUUCCUUUGGUGUAUAAUUUCCAUUGUACACUUGAUCGACUAAAACAUAAUCUUUUGCAUGUUAACUCUUCGAUUAGUUGUAUGUCAAUGGAUUUUUCCUCCCGUGCAAAUUUUACUUUCAAU